UUUUUUUUUUUUUUCUGUUGUUGUGUUGUUGUUGUUUGUUCUUCUCCUCUCCUUUUUUAUUCUUUUUCUAAAACAUUUUGUUAAACAUUGAAACAUUUGUGAAAAAGAAUAAAUCAAAACCAAAAAUGGAGACAAUUUUAACUACGGAAAAUUACGAAGGCACAUCCAAGAAGAGACCUUUGCCAUCGUUUAUAAAAAAGCUUUGGUUUAUUCUAACAGAUAAAGCGUCAGCAGAGCACAUAUUUUGGGUAGACAGUGGACAAACAAUAUGUAUUCCAAACGCCACUUCUUUUUCUCAAGUUAUUUUACCAAGAUUCUUCAAGCAUAGCAACUGGCAAAGUUUUGUUAGACAACUAAAUCUGUAUGGCUUUAGAAAAGUCUAUCAAUUGAAUUUGGCUUACGAUGAUACGUUUGAAAAAAGGACGGUUUGGCAAUUUAAACACGAGAAAUUUAGAAAAGACAGACCCGAACAAUUGGUGGAAGUCAAAAGAAGAACACCCAAAUUGUUGAGCCAGCAAAAGUUAUUACAACAACAACAAGAAUUGGCCAACGCAAGCACAGCAGCUUUAUUGCAGCAACAACAUCAUCCACAACAACGUUAUCAAUUUAGUAGCAAUCUUGCUGGUGACAAUGGCUUUCUCAAUCCUGCUACUUCUUCGGCUUCGGCUGCGGUCUUGAUGACGCUUCAGCAGCAAAAUGUGCUUCAAGACCAUGUUAUCAAGGAACAAAUUACUGAGCUCAAAAGAAAACUAAGAUCGGUGGAUAAACGACGAGAAGAUCUCUUCAGACAGACCAUCAAACUAAGUCAGAUUCAAGCUGAACAGAAAAAGGUAAUUCUUGAACAGCCUCCAAGUGCGCUCUUGAAAAAAAAAAAAAAACCAUGCAUUGAUUUUAUAUGGGUUUUUUACCAUCAACAAAAAGACGAUUCAUGUAUUAGUAGACUUUAUUACGCGUGUCAUUGAAAAGAGUAAAGUGCGUUCCAAAACCAUGAAGAGGCCCUCUUUGUCUUUUGCGUUGACCACCCUUCCCUUUUCUUUUUGUUGUAGAUCCU